UUGAUUCCCCAAGAGAAACAGGAAAAAAACCAGGCUGUGAACUCUGAUUAUAUAGGUACAGGGUUUACUAGAGGUCACGUGUUUCCACGUCAGUUUGCUGCUGAUCAGGAUCAAUCAGAAUCCACCUACACUUUAACCAAUGUAGCUCCACAAACACGGGAGAUCAACCAAAUUUGGGCGACACAAGUGGAGGAACCGAUGCUUAGAGAAAUAAACCGAGACUGCAAACUCAACCAAAAUCACCAGGCGUACAUUGUGACCGGGGUCGUCCCAGGGAAGAACUGGACAUCCAUAACAAGAAACGGGAAAGAAUAUAAAGAAGGAAUUAACAUUCCCAGUCAUGCUUGGAGCGCUUACUGUUGCACCAGUAAAAAUGAUGUUAAGAAACUCAUAGUGAAGACCUACUUAGCUGAGCUAGGCAUAUUUACUCUCAGGCGCCCCGACAUUAACAAACUGAAUAAACGACUUACUGAACUGUGUAAUAAAGGGAUACCUUUUAAUGUGUUCCCAGGAUUAGACGUUGAAGAUUCCCAUGUGGACCUCAUAGAACCACAUGGAGGACACAUCAGAAAUGAAUCCUACAUUUAAUCUGGAUUAUGUCAUGAAUCUACACAAAAUAUCA